GCUGAUUGCUGGUGCUGUGUCCUUGCCCUGCUGCAGCAGUGUGGAGCCCUGGGAUGUGAAGAGCUCUACAGAAGCAUGCAACACUAGUCAUUUCUAUUUCUCAGUUUUAUUUCGCAGAGCAGAUGGAGGAAGUGGCUGGGGUUGAUAACGAUGCCCUCUCAUGCCUUUCUCUAAUGGCCGCUCACAACCAGAGUUGUGCCAAAAGGUAGCACAGCAGCUGAAGCAGCUGGCUACAACCAGAGAUCAUCUCUCUGGAGAUAAGUUUUUUUUGUUUGUUUGUUUUUUUGGUUUUUUUUGUUUUUUUUUUUGCAACACAAGAUGGAUAAUAUUUAUGCAAGUCCUUCCUCCCUCCAUUCUUUAUGCUGCCUCCCGAUCCUACCUUCUCCUUCCCUGAAACCUUGAGCUUUCAGAUGUGCACUGAAAUUGGCUGUGCUUCAGUUCUCUGCAGGUCAGUGACUGUUCCCCUUACCCAUCUACUCAGCAUAUGCUUUCUUUUGGUUUUUAUUUUCCUGGUCUACAGGAACUGUAAUUCUGGGGAGGGGGGAUUGAGUAAUUGCACCUCAGGGGAGCGUGUACCCCCCCGCCCCUCAAGCCAAGGGUUCUGCCAGGGAUGAAAAGAGAAGAAAAAAGCAACACCCAAAUGAACCACAUUGACUUGCCCUGGAGUAUUUUAAGUGCGUAUUAUGAAAAGAAAAUAUUUUUAUGGAUUCUUAUUCUUUUAUAAUUAUGAGUGUAAGAUGUAGCAACUCAUUAAAAUAUUGGAAAGAGAUGCACUGGUUGGCAUUUGUAUUUUUUUUGGAGUGUGGGAGAGGGCUUGGGAGGAAGCACCAUCUGGCUUACAAUGGGUAAAGCUGCUUUUAUGGUAAAAGCAAAGUGCUUUGUUUGGUUUCUGUGUCAGACAGCGGACAGAAUGUUAAAGCCUUGAUGUUCCUCAAAGGAAGCACGAUCCAGCAAUUGAAGAUGCUGCAGGGUGGAGAGCUGGGAAUCCUGGACUGUUCUUGGCUCUGCCAUUCAGGCAAUCCUGGACUGUUCUUGGCUCUGCCAUUCAGGCACUGCAUGACCUGGAGGGAGGCUUCCCGUGCUUGCAAGUAGCCUCAGCCGUGGAGAUAGGAACCUCACCCAGCAUCCCAGCUUCCUCUGACUUCUUGGGGUUGCAGCUGCUCUGUGGCACAGGUCUGAGGAGCAGCGGAAGGGGAGGUAAUGGAGGAAGUUGCACAUCUCUGAAGCUUCCUUAAGAGAAGGGUAUGCUUUUCCUCAUAGAGAGAAGAGUCACUCCCUUCACAGCUGGGUGGGUGCCGUUCAGAGCCAUGACUGUGCCCUUGAGGCUGCUGCUGGCCCUGUUGGGCUACAUCACGGCACUGGACCCUGCACUGGAGGAGGCCUGGGAAGGGUGGAAGAGCCUAUAUGCCAAGGAGUACCCUGGGGAGGCUGAGGUCAUCCGCAGGGAGGUCUGGGAGAAGAACCUACGGCGCAUAGAGCAGCACAACUGGGAAGAGUCACAGGGGCAGCAUACGUUCCGCCUGGGCAUGAACCAUUACGGGGACCUGAUGGACGAGGAGUUCAACCAACUCCUGAAUGGCUUCACCCCAGUGCAGCAUGAGGAGCCAGCACUGACUUUCCAGGCAUCGGCAGCUCAGAAGACCCCAGCAGAAGUGGACUGGAGGGUGAGAGGCUACGUGACACCCGUAAAGAACCAGGGGCACUGUGGAUCAUGCUGGGCAUUCAGUGCCACAGGGGCCCUGGAGGGACUUGUCUUUAAUUGGACGGGGAAGCCGGCAGUGCUCAGUGAGCAGAACCUCAUCGACUGCUCCUGGAAGCUGGGCAACAACGGUUGCCAUGGUGGCUACAUGACCCGUGCCUUCCAGUAUGUGCGUGACAAUGGUGGCAUGAACUCCGAACACGUCUACCCCUAUGAGGCCACAGACACCUCUAGCUGCCGAUACAACCCUGGGGACAGGGCGGCCAACUGCUCCACAGUCUGGCUGGUGGCCCAGGGCAGUGAGACAGCGCUGGAGCAGGCAGUGGCAACUGUGGGCCCUGUGUCUGUGGCAGUGGAUGCCAGCAGCUUCUUCUUUCACUUCUACAAAUCAGGCAUCUUCAGCAGUAUGUUUUGCAGCCAGAAGGUGAACCAUGGGAUGUUGGCUGUGGGCUAUGGUACCAGCCAGGAGGGCAAGAAGAAUGUGAGCUACUGGAUCUUAAAGAAUAGCUGGUCAGAGGUGUGGGGUGAGCAGGGCUACAUCCGCCUGCUGAAGGGAGCCAACAACCACUGUGGGGUGGCCAACCAAGCCAGCUUUCCUCUGCCGUGAGAUCCUGGACUGGAAGGAAGAUGGCACUCACUGGGGUUGCUCCCCUGCCUUGCUGUGAGGAUAGGGAUGCUUCCUUCAGGAAGGGGCUUUUGUCUGUGUGAGAAACAAUUAAAAAUGGCAUAGCUAA